CCGGGAGGCUGUGGGAGAGCAAAGGUGGUACGAACCAGCCAGCGUUUACCCCGAACUAGAGGAAGAUUCUUAUGGCCAGUGACGCUUGACAGGGGAGUGGGGAGUUGUUUGAAGGCUAAAGUAGGUGUUCUGGUUCAUUCAUUUCUUAAGUGAAGAAAUGUUUUAAGUGCCUACUGUGUACCAGGCAGGCACUCCUGUGCCUGGGGAAGUCCCUGCCCUUGGGGCUCAUCAGAUGACACAGGAAGAGAAGUCCGGUGUUCCUUAGGAUGGCCUGAUAUGAAGGAGUCACGCCUCCAGCCUCCCCGAGCCCCCAGAGCUGCUGUGUGGCUGCCUUGUUCUUCAAGUGCAGGAGCUGGUUGAAAUGUCGAGAAUGGAAGCCAGUGUGACCAUCCCAAUCUGGCAAAACAAGCCACAUGGGGCUGCUCGCAGUGUAGUGAGAAGAAUCGGGACCAAUCUGCCCCUGAAGCCGUGUCCCCGGGCGUCCUUUGAGACUUUGCCUAACAUCUCUGACCUGUAUCUGAGGGAUGUGCCCCCAGUCCCUACUCUGGCUGACAUUGCCUGGAUUGCUGCAGAUGAAGAGGAGACAUAUGCCCGGGUCAGGAGUGAUACACGCCCCCUGAGGCAUACCUGGAAGCCCAGCCCUCUGAUUGUCAUGCAGCGCAAUGCCUCAGUGCCCAACCUGCGUGGGUCCGAGGAGAGGCUCCUAGCCUUGAAGAAGCCAGCCCUGCCAGCCCUAAGCCGUACCACAGAGCUGCAGGAUGAGCUGAGCCACCUGCGCAGCCAGAUUGCUAAAAUAGUGGCAGCUGAUGCAGCUUCGGCUUCAUUAACGCCAGAUUUCUUAUCUCCAGGAAGUUCAAAUGUCUCUUCUCCCUUACCUUGUUUUGGAUCCUCAUUCCACUCUACAACUUCCUUUGUCAUUAGUGACAUCACCGAGGAAACCGAGGUAGAGGUACCUGAGCUUCCAUCAGUCCCCCUGCUUUGUUCUGCCAGCCCUGAAUGUUGUAAACCAGAACACAAAGCUACCUGCAGCUCGUCUGAAGAGGAUGACUGCAUCUCUCUGUCCAAGGCCAGCAGUUUUGCAGAUAUGAUGGGAAUCCUGAAGGACUUUCACCGGAUGAAACAGAGCCAAGAUCUGAACCGGAGUUUAUUGAAGGAGGAAGACCCUGCUAUCCUUAUCUCGGAGGUCCUGAGGAGGAAGUUUGCUCUGAAGGAAGAAGAUACUAGUAGAAAAGGAAACUGACAACUCAGCUCUGCAAACUCAGUCUCAUGCUCCUGGAUUCCUUCAAUAGCUGCCUUCCUCACCACAGAUGUUUCUGCCUCUCAAUUAGAAAUCUUUUGCAACAGUCUUGCCAAAUGCUAGCACUUGGACUGAAAAAGAGCUGUAUUAUGUUUCCUAUACUUCAAACCUUAGCAAAAGCUAAGGCCUGUUUUGAGCUGAGACACUUGUUUCAGGUAUAUGUAUAGGUUGGAAUGUGUCAGUCUAGAGUAAGAAAGAAGUUCCUGGUUUUUCUUUGCACUGUGUGAAAACAGGUCCUAAAUUAAUGACUUACUUAACUGAAUUAGACCCCUUACCUGGUCUUACCGGACACUUUGUGCCCAGCUAUCACUCACUCUCAGUGGCUUCCUUGCAGCAGAGCAGGGCUGAGAGGAGGGGACUAUGUUUAUGUACAUGUUCACAGGGCACGGAAAAUCUUAUGCUGCUCCAUCAUAAACCAGUGCCCAGCAAUCACCCUCUCCCCCCUUCCCUGUCCAACACCUAGAUGUAGAGGUCAGGCCUCUGGACCAGCUGACACUUGGGCUGCUUCUGGAAGGCCUGGGCUGUUUUUUUCUUAAAUAUAUUUUGUAAUACUGUACAACCAAAUCAACCUUCCGAGAACCUGGAGUCUCAUCAGUUCCACUGAUUGAAAACUCUUCUCUUCCACGGACUUUAGUUUAAGCCCAGUAGGAAAGAGAAAUGGAGAGGAAAAAGCAACCAUCCUUCUUCCAGGCCUUUGGCUGUUUCUUUGCAUUGGGCCAAGGUUUGUACCCACUGCACCAUGCAUGACUCAGAUCCCUUUCUCUACAGUAUGUAUCCUGUGUGUAUUUGGGCGGAAGCAUUACCUGACAUUAAAUGAAGGAUUUGGAGAGAGA